AUGUUUGCGCUGAAAUUUGCCCUCACCUUUGCGUUGUGUUGCGUUGUUGUAGAACACAACAAUGGCCGGUUGGCUGGCGGGCAGGCUGGCUGGCUGGCGUCUGAAUUGAUUACCGAACCGAACCGAACCGAACCGCAGCAGCGGCAGCAGACACGAGCGGAUCGCGUUUUGUCACGUGUGGGUGGACCAGAACCAGUUUCCUUCCUACUCUGCCGACUAAGAGCAAGAACAAGAGAAGAUGCGUCAGUUGUUCCACCUUUCAAGCCAGGCCGUGACGCUCGUAAUGAUUGGCUUAAAUGGAAACGCGUUCUGGAACGCUAUUUGAAGUUGAGCAAGGUCACAGAGGAAGAAGAUAAAUGUGACUUGUUGUUAGUUCUCGGAGGCAUUGAUUUACAGGAUCAAUAUGAGAAAAUAGUUCACUACGAGGUAAUCGCCACAGAAAGGGAUGAAGAUGGAAACGAAAACCGCCGGGUGGACAAAUACGCCUCAAUUAUACUUUCGCUUGACAAUUACUAUGCGCCUAAAACAAACAAACGAUACGAAAGACACUUGUUACGCAGCAUUAAGCAAGACGAAAAUGAACCGUUUGAUGAUUUUAUCAACCGCUUGCGAGAACAAGCAAAUAGAUGUGAAUUUACUGACGUAAAUGACGCUGCGAUAGAUCAGAUUAUUGAAGGUUGUAUUUCCCAAGAUUUCCGUAAGAAGUUAUUAGCGGAAGACAAGACUUUUGAGGAAGUUUUGCAACUCGGCAAAGUGAUGGAGGAUAUACAGGCUCAGAGUAAGACUUACACGAGUCCGAAAAGUGCAGUAAUGGAAUCCGUACAACGCGUACAACCAGUCAACAAGUCGAAUAUGCGAUGUUUUAAAUGUAAUCGAACAGGUCAUAUCGCACGUGAUAAACACGCCUGCCCGGCAAACGGAGUAAAAUGUCACGUUUGCGGAGAAAUGAACCACUUUAAAAUUUGUUGUCCAAAAAAGCGUAAACGGGAAGAAAAUGAGUUUUACCAGCCUUCGAAAAGGCAGAAAGUGACACCCAGAAAAGGAUUGUAUUGUGUAAACGCCGGAGAGAAAGGUGAUACAUUGGCGUUUGAUGUUGGAGGCGUGAAAAUUCACAUGCUGGUUGACUCCGGCUCACCACCGAAUAUUGUUACCCAAAGGACCUAUGCAGAGCUACGACGAUCAGGUGCCAAGAUCAUUAACGAAAGAGAAGCUAUCGAAGAAAGUAAGCAAUACCAGGGCUAUGGCUCAUCAGAUGCAAUUCUGUUUAGCAAGGCUUUUGAAACGGAAAUAAAAAUACCAGGAGAAGAACAUGGAGUUUGGGCUUACGUACUCGUGUCACCAAACGGACAAACAAAUCUCCUCUCAAAGUCUACCGCAUUCGCUCUUGGCGUCCUUAGAAUUGGUUAUAAAGUGAACGCAAUUUCAAACGCCGAGCCGACUACGUUCACGCCGUUUCCAAAAGUACCAGGAGUUCAAUUAAAAAUACACAUCGACUCUUCCGUGACACCUGUAUGCCAACCAAUGCGGCGCUUACCGAUCGCUAUGGAAGCGGAAGUAGAGCAGCAGAUACAAGAAUUGCUUGCCCAAGAGAUCAUAGAGAGGGUCGAACAUCCAACCAGCUGGGUGUCUCCACUAGUGCCCGUUCGAAAAAACGAUGCAAAACUACGGCUUUGCGUGGAUCUAAGAGCUGCGAAUAAAGCGGUUUUAACCGAAAACUAUCCAAUGCCGAACAUCGAAGAAGCACUUUCCUCUAUCCACGAGGCGGAAAUGUUGUCUACUCUUGAUUUGGAAUCUGCCUUCUAUCAUCUCGAACUCGAUGUUGAUAGUCGUGAUAUCACAACCUUCAUUUCACGAAGCGGACUUUAUCGCUUCACUCGUCUGGUGUUCGGAAUUAAAAGUGCGCCAGAAUUAUUCCAGAAAACCAUCACAACUAUUAUUGGUAGAAUCAAAGGGGUCAUUAUAUACCUUGAUGAUAUCUUGAUUUUUGCUGCUACCGCUCAAGAACACGAUCGUACUGUAAACCACUUGUCUACUUGCUUGAGCGAGCGCGAUCAAGACCCUCGGCUCGGAUAG